UCCUGCCCGGCCUGCCCGGCCCGGCGGAGCCAGUCCUGAGGAGGGGACAGACCCCGGUAGGAGUUCCACCAUGCUGAAAGUCACCAUGCCCUCCUCCUCAUCGUCAUCCUCAUCCUCCUCCUCCUCUGGCUCCUCCGCUGCCGGGCGCCCCGGAACCGCUGCGCCCGACUACUGGAUCGACGGCUCCAACAAAGACACCCUGGCCCACUAUUUCGAGCUGGAGUCCGAGCUGGGACGUGGGGCUACAUCCAUUGUCUACAGAUGCAGGCAGAAAGGGACGCAGAAACCUUACGCCAUCAAAAUGUUGAAGAAGACAGUUGACAAGAAAAUAGUACGUACAGAAAUUGGAGUUCUUCUUCGCCUUUCACAUCCAAAUAUUAUAAAACUGAAGGAGAUAUUUGAGACCCCUACAGAAAUCAGUCUUGUUCUGGAAUUGGUCACAGGUGGAGAAUUAUUUGACAGGAUUGUGGAAAAGGGUUACUACAGUGAACGAGAUGCUGCUGAUGCUGUUAAGCAGAUCCUGGAGGCAGUUGCUUAUCUGCAUGCAAAUGGUAUUGUGCAUCGUGACUUGAAGCCAGAAAAUCUCCUCUAUGCAACGCCAGCACCAGAUGCACCUCUAAAAAUCGCUGACUUUGGACUUUCCAAGAUUGUGGAAGAUCAAGUGACCAUGAAGACAGUUUGUGGAACUCCAGGGUACUGUGCACCAGAGAUACUACGGGGAUGUGCCUAUGGCCCUGAAGUUGACAUGUGGUCUCUGGGGAUUAUCACCUACAUCCUACUCUGUGGCUUUGAACCAUUUUACGAUGAAAGGGGAGAUCAGUACAUGUUUAAGAGAAUCCUGAACUGUGAAUAUGACUUUGUAUCCCCCUGGUGGGAUGAUGUGUCUCUGAAUGCCAAGGAUUUAGUUAAGAAGCUGAUUGUUUUAGACCCCAAGAAACGCCUCACCACUCUACAGGCUUUGCAGCACCCAUGGGUUACAGGGAAGGCAGCGAACUUUGCACAUAUGGACACAGCACAAAAGAAACUUCAAGAAUUCAAUGCCCGGCGUAAACUUAAGGCUGCAGUAAAAGCUGUGGUGGCAUCAACUCGCCUUGGCAGUGCCAGCAGUCACAGCACGCAUGACAGCAACAAGCACGGCCAUAACCCAUCUCCUGUCCAUGACAGCAAACCUGAAGAGAAGCCCACUCAGGAAGAAGCAGCAGCUCCAGAAGCAAUGUCCUAGGUCAAUGUGGUUCCUUGUUUCAGCUGAGAUCUCUCAUUUCAUACACCAGCUAACUUGUCAUUCAGCAAGAGACAUUUGUCAGCUUGACCUCUCUGGUUCUGCUUUGGGGUGCCAAAUGCACUGGCUGGUGAUCCUACCUUCAAUGCAUGUGACUGCUUAUGAAAAUAGUAAACUGUUCCAUAAGGCAUGUCAUGGAAACAGUUUUAUUUGCAGUAAUACCAGCAGGUAAAAACAUGGGGAUGAAUAACUACCUACCAUAAUUCGUAUACUUCAUAUAUGUAUCCAAGUGUUUCUAGAUGGCAUUUGAAACGAAAUAGCAUUUAAUUUGGUUUUAUGGAAGUAGAUGUCUUCAGUAUGUCGUGAGUUUCUUAGAACUGCUUACUUCCAGAUUCAUAGACCUGCAGCAGAUGAAAUGGAAGGAAGAACCAAGCCAAUGCUUUUAAAACUGAUGUAUGAAAUAAUGCUUUUUAUCUGUAAAAUUAAAAAAUAUUUGGGGAUUUAUAUGCAAAAACAUUCUAUUACUCCUGGGAAGAAACUGAAAUGCUAGUUCCACUGUGCAUGAAAAUGUACAUUCCUCAAGCUUGUGCUGAGAAUGCCUUAUUCUGACUUUUCCUGUUUAUAUACAGUAUUUUAAUGACAACCAAAAUUACUCAGAUCUCUGCCAUUUCAUUCUCUAGUAAGUGUUAGCAAAGCAAAACAGUAGACUAAAACAGUAUUACUGUAGAUGCAAAUUUAAAAAAUACCAUUAUAUUUAUGCAUUUAUUUCUAAACUGUGCAGCUGGAAGACAUUUUUGUAGGGCUAAAGGGAAUAAUCCAAAAUUGCACAGGUUGUAAAUGCUUGAAAGAAACUAUUCCACAACUCAAUGAUUUUGCUCUUGGGAAACACUCUUAUACAAGGUCUGGGAGCAAGUAGUAUAAUCUAGCUGCUUCCCAGAUAGUUUAACUUUAUGAGUAACCAGUUUCCACUUGUAAGCAUGAGUCCAGGUUUUCCUGAAAAAGGACUCCUCCUGUAAAGUGAUCUGUCAGCACAGAUCUUGCAUCCACCCAGAGCUUCUGUGUCUUAUGUUAAAUCUGUGUGCAUGGAUCAGCUUGCAAAAUUAGGGUCAGGCUCUUCAACCAUCUUGAUUAUUUUUGUUGAACAUAAUUUAUAGGAAUUUCCUCUUCAUGGGAAAACUAACAUGCAUCAGUAUGUAUGACAAUUGGUUUUUAUCACCUUGAUAGCAUGUGAAUUUUGUAGUGUUAUUGAUAUAUUACAGCAAUGGAAAAAAGAACGUGAUGUACAAUAAUGUUGUGUUUAAUUUUUUUAAUAUGGGUAGUUACCUAACACUCUAAUACACUCAGCAUUCCUUUUUUGCUUUGUUUUUAUGAUAAGCUAGGCCUUGCACAACAUGCCUUGAAAAAAUAUACCAGCUACUGAAAAUAAAAAGUCAUUAAUAAACCGUUCAGUAGCUACAUUUCCAGGAGAAAUUAAAGGGUAAUACAAUGUUAUUCAUGUGGUAGGUUUGAUAAAUAAAAUGUAAUAUAUAUUAAUAUAAAAAGGAAGA